AUGCAUUUAGUAUCAAGGCUGCGUUCCUCUGUAGCCAUUUUGGCUCGAGGCAAGGUUGGUUGCGCAUCAACCCUGUACAGGACCACUUCCGUAGCGGUGCACUUCGGCCACAUGUCGGCUCCCCUCCAGAGACGGGACUACCCGACUGGCCAGCCCGACGUCCCGCAGUUGCCAGGUUCGUUGAAGAGCCCCAUCAAAGCGGCCUGCGACUUCGACGACGAGUCCUCGGACAACCCCAAGCGCGUGUCAGAGGCGGCGUGCUCGGCUCAGGGUCCGUCCAGAACCUGCGCGCCCGGGACCCCCAGGGCGUCGCAGACAGUCUGCACGACUCCACCCAGUACGCCGCGUGUGCGCUCCAGGGUGCCUACAACGCCGCCGCCUCUGCAAAUCAGGGAGCGUGCGGAGCCCUUGCUGUUGGCCCUGGAGCGAAACUGCCUGAAGCAAGUGCGCCUCGCCAUCGAGGCAGACCCAGAGGCAGCCAAGGAGCCGUUCUGGGAUUGCCGCUUCGAGUGGCCGCUGUGCGCCGCGGUCCGCCUCGGUUGCAGCGCGGAGGUGGUCAGGCUGCUGAUGGAGAACGGCGCGAAGGUCGACGUGACGAGCGUCGGCGGGCAGUCUCCGCUCCAGCUCCUCGGCUCGGGAACGGGGAACCACUCCUUCAGCGCCCGCCUCAUCGACUUGAGGGGAGUGCCGAACACUCCGCUGGGCACCGCUGAGUGGACCGCGGGUAUGCGCCAGUCCACCGCGCAGUUCGAGCUGGGCGUGGCCACGGCACUGCUGAACGCGGGCGCAGAUCCAGCGGCGGACCACAGAGCUUGA